CGCACAUGUCGCACAUGAUUCGUUCGCUUGUUCGAAUAUCCAGAUCGCUGCACAGUGUUCCGAGAAAUUCAUCCCCGAGAAUGGGCGGAAAUCCGAUCGAGAACGCCAAGAAAAUUGCGGCUUACAAAGCUGUGGAUGAAUACGUCCAGAAUAACACUGCCAUCGGGAUUGGCAGCGGAUCCACUGUGGUUUACGCUGUUCAGAGACUUGCUGAACGUGUUAAAGAAGAAGGACUCAGUGUUAUCUGUGUUCCUACGUCGUUUCAAGCUCGUCAACUUGUACUGGACAGUCAUCUAACCUUAGGUGACUUAGAAACUCAUCCGCAGCUGGAUUGCGCAAUUGAUGGAGCAGAUGAAGUUGACGAGAACCUGAAUCUCAUUAAGGGUGGAGGAGGAUGUAUGUUACAAGAAAAAAUUGUUGCUUGCUGUGCCAAGCGGCUUAUUAUCAUAGCAGACUAUACAAAAAUUUCACAAAGACUUGGUGAGCAUUAUAAGAAAGGAAUUCCUAUUGAAGUAGUUCCUAUGGCGUAUGUACCAAUUCAACGUAGAAUUGAAAACAGAUAUGGAGGAAUUGUGAAAAUUAGAAUGGCUGUCGCUAAAGCUGGUCCAGUAAUAACAGAUAAUGGUAAUUUUAUUUUGGAUUGGAAGUUUCCUCAAGAUGUAACAUGUUUGAACAAAACUAACAACGAAAUAUCCUUGAUACCUGGAGUCAUAGAGACUGGUCUAUUCUUGAAUAUGGCUGAAAAAGCUUUCUUUGGCAUGCCGGAUGGCAGUGUAAUGGAACUAAAGUCAUCCAAGGUCUAACGUUUUUCAUCCAAUUUCACAAACAUUAACGCGCGAAUUAGAUUGUUGAGCAACAACUGUCCGAUAACCUACAGUUAAUGCUGUCAAGAUUCUCGAUAAUCUUUUUUUGCGACCUUGGCUUUUAUUUUGUGUUAUUUCAAUUGCGUUAUCAUUGCUAUUUUUUUAUACAUUUUUUUAUAUUCCUGUUUACUAUAUAUGCAAUUUGUACGUAUCAUACUUUAUUACGUUCUUUGUUACUAUCAUAUGAACUUAUUUUUAGUCAAAACGUAUAUCUUAUAUAAGAUUGAGUCACACAAAUCCUCUAAGUACAUUUUGUAAGUGUAAAUAAGAGAAUUUUUACAUGUGAAAUGUAUAAUACAAAAUGUUUAUUUUGUAUUAUACAUUUAUCUCGAGGUACAAGGUACAAAAGUUAUACAGCUAUAAAAAGCUCGAAAUAUAUAUUUUUUUACACAAUA